CCUCAGUCUUCUACAGAUCAAUCAUUCUUCAUUGAGGAAGAUGCCAUAACAUGGCACAGCUGGUUUAACCAGUUAGACACAUCCUAUUUCCGUAUGUACAUCAAGCUGUUAUCCAGGGUACAGGAAACAGGUCGUGGAUGGGGAACCAUUUUGCUGUUACUCUUGCAUAUCAUGUCCAGAAGGAAUGAUUUCAGAAAAAGAGGAUCUGAAUGACUGCUAUAGUUGCACAGAAGAAAAAUAUCCCAACAAAAACCAGGAUUCAUGUAUUCCCAAGGACAUAAGCUUCUUGUCUUACAAAGAACCUUUGGGGAUCAGUUUAGCCUGUUUUGCUAUUUUCUGUUCCAUAAUCACAAUUCUCAUACUAAGGAUAUUUCUGAUGCAUCACAACACUCCCAUUGUCAAGGCCAGCAAUCGGGAUCUUACCUACAUGCUCCUGGUCAUCCUCCUGCUCUGCUUCCUUUGUGCACUACUAUUCAUUGGUCAGCCAACCAAAGUGGCAUGUAUUCUGCAACAAACUAUUUUCAGCAUCAUCUUCUCUGUGGCUAUUUCCUGUGUGCUGGCCAAGACUGUGACAGUGGUCCUGGCUUUUGUAGCAACAAAGCCAGGAAGUGGGAUAAAGAAGUGGGUGGGGAAAAGACUGGGCUACACUUUUAUUUUAUCUGGCUUCUUAAUUCAAGUAGGGAUUUGCACUAUAUGGUUGUCCAUCUCUCCUCCUAUUCCCGAUACUGACCUGCACUCAGAGAUUGAAAAAAUUGUCCUACAAUGUAAAGAAGGUUCCAUGAUUAUGUUUUACAUUGCAAAGUGUUAUAUGGGCUUCUUAGCCAUGAUCAGCUUCAUAGUGGCUUUCUUUGCCAGGAAAUUACCUGAUAGUUUCAAUGAAGCCAAGUUCAUCACUUUCAGCAUGCUGGUCUUCUGCAGCGUUUGGAUAUCCUUUGUUCCAACCUACCUGAGCACCAGGGAGAAAUAUACAGUGGCUGUGGAGAUCUUCUCAAUGUUAGCCUCAAGUGCUGGGCUGCUGAUCUGUAUCUUUUUCCCCAAAUGCUACAUUAUUGUUCUGAGACCAGAUUUGAACAACAGGCAGCUAAGAAGACAGACACAGUAGUGAAUGUGCCCUACAAUGUAGUGGUAAUAUGUAGGUGGACUUCCAUGUUUAUGUGUGUUUUAUUGUAGAAAUUGUGCUGAAUAUUUUUCCAAGCAUUUAUAUUGAUUAAAUUGUUAAAGGAUUAUAUUUCAUUAGGAACACUUUCAAUUUGAAGAUACCUGGAAAAGUAUCCAGCAUGUAUCUUCAAGUCAUCUUUCUCCUUCCCCAUUUUGAGUUAAUAAUAUGACUAUAAAGUCUGGGUAAUAACAAUGAUCAUCAAAUUCAAGAAA